CCCGAUUUUCUAUCAUUCUCACUGAUUUUUAUUGUGCAUCAGCAUGCCCUACGACGACUACCAAUUGCUUCUGCCAGUAUACGAAGAAUCCUUGAAAAAGUAUCCAGAUAUCGGCGUAGAAAAGCACACUCCCGGGCAAGUUCGCGCAUUAUUGGAAGCACCAGGCGCCAGUCCUCCUGAUUCGAUCGUCGAAGACCUAUCCAAGCUCGUUGUCGUCGAAGACAAAAAGAUUACAGAGAAUGGUGUGAAGUUGACAAUUGUGCGACCGGUUCACGGUGAUGACAAUGUAUUGCCAGUUAUUCUUUUCCUGCACGGUGGUGGAUGGAUGCUCGGCACUUAUGAAACAUACAAGUGGAUAGUGUUUGAACUUGUUGUACGAUCCAAUGCAGCGGUCGUCUUUGUUCACUACUCGCUUAGCCCCGAAGCACGGCAUCCAGUAGCUCUUGAAGAGUGCUAUGAUGCUUUAUCGUGGAUUGUCGAUACUGAUUCCUCAAGCCAUCAAUUGGAUUCCAACCAGAUCGCUGUACUCGGUGAUAGCGCUGGCGGACACUUGAGUGCUGCCCUAGCAGUCCUCGAUAAAAAGCGCAGUGGCGAUAAUUCAACAAGAAUCAAGUGCCAGGUGUUGUACUAUCCAGCUACACACGCUGGUUGCGACACCGAAUCUUACUCCAAGUUUGGCCAAGGACACUUCUUGACCAAGGACGCCAUGAAAUAUUUUUGGGGACAUUUCAUUCCGAACGAAAAGGACCGAUUUGAAAGCACAGCUUCACCUCUGGAAACACCCGUUGAAGAAUUGACCGGUGUAGCUCCUGCAUUCGUUGUCACUGCUGAAGCAGAUGUGUUAAGGGACGAAGGCGAAGCAUACGCCCGCAAGCUGAUGCGAGCUGGCGUACCUGUGGUGGCAGUACGCGCAUUGGGCGCUAUGCAUGGUUUCAUCGGUAUUGACAGGACAGGCGAUUUGGUAAAUUCUAUCUUGGACCAGACUAUUUGCUAUUUGACUCGACAGUGGAAUAGAAAAGUGUAGUCUAUCUUUGUACAUGUUUGCAUAGUUCUCCCGCGCCUCCUUUCUUUUUUAAUUGAAUGUUCCACGCUUUUUUUUUGCGUUGCUGCCAACUUUUCUGUAUGUUUACUGUAUCUCGUCGUAUUCUGUAAAACCAGUAUGCGCUUCUGUCUCUUGACUCGCAUGAUCUCCCUCACUAUGUAUGAUAUAUUAUUUCAU